AUGCAAAUGAGUUCUAUUGAAGCAUCAUCCCAAUUAUUUUUGUCCAAGUUAGCGUUUGAAGUGUACAACGAGAGAAAUUACGUAACGAAGGCUCAGAGUAGUAGCAAUUUACUGGAGCUAAGACUUUGGAUAUCGACUUCUAGUUCGGUUGAUGCUUAUUGGUUGGUGUAUAAAGCGCUUUCAGAGAUUACAUCACCUGCUUUAUGGCGAUAUUCACCUGUUCAAUCUAUUUCUCAAACAAAACCGGACUCACUAUUCAGUAUUUCCACUUCCCUGCACCAUACUUUGUAG